AUGCGUUCCCCUCUCUCAAUCGUAUCUCACAAUCGUGUUAAUUCGGUUUCAUCACAUAUCAGAAGGAUAUCUUCCCAAUCCAAAACCUCAAAAUGUCCAACAUAUCAUCGAUAUUUCUCCAACACCCAUGUCAAGUCAAGACAGGCUGCUGAUGAUCCAAACUUCACAUCUAUAGUAGACAAUCCUCCAAAUCUAGUUCGGACUGGAAGAAGGCAUGGGCCUGGUCUCAUUAUUCUAGCUUUGAUUCCUCUAACAGCGUUUGCCCUGGGAACAUGGCAAGUCCAGCGUUUAGAUUGGAAAUCAAAGCUCAUUGCGAAAUUUGAGGAUCGCCUCGUUCGUGAUCCUUUACCACUUCCUCCACAUAUUGAUCCUUCAGCAAUAAAAGAGUUCGAUUAUAGGAGAAUAUUCGCAAGCGGUCACUUUCGGCACGAUCAGGAAAUGCUGAUUGGUCCCCGCUUGCAUGAUGGGAAGGACGGAUAUCUCGUCAUUACACCUUUGGAGAGGGAUGGCAAGGGUACUACUGUCCUUGUGAAUCGAGGUUGGAUCGAGAAGAAGUAUAAGAAGCAAACCAGCAGACCGGACGGGUUACCUCAAGACGAAGUAAUGGUCGAGGGUUUGUUGCGUGAACCCUGGAAGAAAAAUUAUUUCACGCCAGACAACAGUCCACAGACCCAGGAAUUCUACUUUCCUGACGUUGAGCAAAUGGCAAAAUUGACAGGAAGCCAACCAGUCUGGAUUGAGGAGACAAUGGGUACGCCUUAG